GGCAGCGCAGACAGGCGGAAAAUUGUAAACAAUCAACAUGGCGGAUGAGGAGGACGAACUUCUUGAAAACGAAGAAAUAGAACACCCGGACGAGUACAACGAUGAAGAAGGAGACGACGUGGAUGAUGACGACGAUGAUGAAAUAGGCAUCUUAGAGAGGCUACGACUUCAGUUCAGAGGAAGGAUAGACCAGGAUAAAGAUAUAAAAAGACCUGAAAAAAUAACUUAUGAUCCCGCUCUUCCCACAACACAUGCAUAUUUAGGCACAGACUUGGAAGACUACAGCGGACGCACAGUGUUGGACGAUGAGUGCUCCAUAUCCCUUCCUUUGGUCCAGCUACCAGGGGUAGUCCUGGUCCCGGGCGAGACCAUCCCCCUGCAUUUCUUCAAUCCUAGGAUCAUCAGUAUGAUGAAACACAUUCUACAGAACAACCGGACGUUUGGCAUGCUCUAUGAUAGUCAGGAAAGACCAUCGUCAAGACGUGAGAUCUCCGUCCCGGACCUUGGGACGACAGCAGAGAUCUUCAGCGCCAAGGAGGAGGAUGAUGGAGGUAUAGAGACGAUGAGGAUGAAAGCGAUGGGAAGACAAAGGUUUAAAGUGAUGGAAACAAGAAGACAAGCUGAUGGUAUUCUGAUUGGCCAAGUGAUGAUCCUCCCAGAGAGGUGUCUCCCAGAUGUGCUCUGUACAGCAAGGAGACGGUCCCUCGGUAGGAGAAGAAUGGUUCCCCAUCAUAUCUCACCCUCCGCUAAGGAUGGUGGCAUGCAGUGGCUGAAGGAGAGAAGGAAACGACACCUGUCUGAAGCUGAUCUCACCUGGUGGCCACCAUGGGUCUAUGAGAUGUAUGAUGAAGAUGCUCUGAUGGUGAAAAUUAAAAAUGAGCUGAGAGGCUGGUAUGAAAACUCCUUGCAACUGAAGCAGAUGCCCGCUACGCCUUCUGAUUUCUCAUUCUGGGUGGCGAGUAACAUGCCUCUUGAUGACGCUGGAAGAAUAGGCCUUUUAAAGAUUGACUCUGCUGUACAGAGACUAAGGAGAGAGUUAGAACUCCUACAAAAGUGCACUGUACUGUGCUGUAGAGAAUGCAGUACUCAGAUUGCAAACAAAAGUGAUGUAUUUUGUAUGUCCCUAGAUGGGCCCAUGGCUGCAUAUGUGAAUCCCGGAGGCUACGUCCAUGAAACCUUGACCGUCUACAGAGCUCAGAAUCUUAACCUGAUUGGGAGACCUUCAAAAGAAAAUAGCUGGUUCCCAGGGUAUGCAUGGACGAUACUCCAGUGUCGUAGGUGUACCAGUCACAUGGGAUGGAAAUUCACCGCCACGGAGAAGAAUUUCAAACCUGAAAAGUUCUGGGGACUGACCCGGUCCGCUCUAAAGACCGGUCUACAGACCGAUGAAGAAUGAAACAUCCGCUCACUGGACGUCUUGCAAAGAUCAAGAAUGGAUUUCUCGCUUGCCAGUGAGUUUUUGCUUUUGAGAAGAGCUAAACAGAAAGAAUGCUUCAAAGUGCUUCACAUGAAAAUUUCCGUUGGAGCUUUGAGACUGUUUCAUGAAGCAAGUUGUGAGUGAUUUUCGCAGACAAAUUUGCUCUGAGCCAAUCAGAUGCGAGGAUCUUAAGUAGCCGGAUGCUAUGCAAAAUGUGCUGGUAAUGCAGAUGAUAUCGAAAAGCAUGCAAUAUGAGGACAACUCUGCAUCUUUCUGUGACUCUCUGAUGAUGUGUGGUCUGAAAUCCAGACAUUCUCUUUUCAUUUAACUUACUGCAUUUUCAGUUAAUCAGUGAUAUUUCAUGAUAUUUUGGCUGUCGGAAGUAGUCUAUUUUUAUGCCAAGAAUACAUUGACGAAAAUACUGUAAUGAUAUAUUCAACUCAUUUCCCUGAAUUCUUAAAUAUAUAGGACAAAACCGUGGACUUUGCCGGUUUCUUGCAUUAUUGUGCUUCAUUCAAGCAUGGAUGUUGCUCCCUUUGCCAAAAAUGUGCAUUUACAAUUGGGAUGUUUGUUAGUGUGCAUGAUUAUAUAAGUGUAAUUAUGUACAAUAAAUCUGCAUAGUUUUUGUACCAUACUACAAGUGAAAUCACCUUUUUAAAUUUUGGCAUUUGGUUGGUAUCAAACUGUACAUCAGCCAAAUGAAAAUCAAGAAGGUACAAUUUCAUUAUGAAAUGCAAUGUAAACUAAGAGUGAAUUAAUCUUCACAGGUUUCAUUACAUUUCAUGGUAUAGUACAGCUUUACUUGCUUGGUAGUGGCUUUUUUAUAUUUCCUAUUAAAUAUAUGUGAAAUCAUGAUACUUCUAAUUUUAAGUUCAACCUGAUGCCAGCUACAUAUUGAUUUGUGGACAUCUUACAAGUAAGCAGAGCUGCCAAGUAGUACGAUUUUUCCGUAUUUAGUAAAAAAAAAAAAAAUCAUCUCUAUAUGUCUCUAUUUCAUGAAACGUACACAAAUAUGGUUAUUAGAUCAAUGUAAUUUCAGGUAACUUGUUUUUUUUUUCAAUCAUUUUGUAAAAACCAGAGUGAGAUAUACACAAGUUUCAAUGUUUUUUUUUUUCAUCUGCAAGAGCAGUGCACAUUUUAGCUUGCAUGCAGCUUGAGCGCCGUGAUGGGCGAGUGCGCCAAGCAUUUUAUUAUGAAAUACACUUUUUUAGGGAAAAAUACAAAAUAUUUAUCUCACACGGUAAAAAUACUGAUUUUUUUGUCAAAAUACUGAUUUUGGGAAAUAAGAAUACUGAAAAUGCAAAAUACAACUUGGCAGCUCUGAGUAAGUGUAUGAGCUAGGAAAGUACUUAAAGGGUGUUCUACAGUCCAUAUCAUCCAUAUCAUUUUCACCAAACUUUGCACAGAGUUUGGCUACUUAGAAAAUAAUUAAAACUUCUUAACAUCAGCUUUUGUUUGAUUUCUGUUUCAUAAAUUAGCACAUUGCCUACUGGAAAUGGGUGGACCAUGUGCAAAGCCUAUGUGAAUCACAGAAUUCAGUAUUCAAUUGGUUAACAGCUUUCUUUUAUCAAGUACAUUGUCCCACUUUCAAUUUAAACAUUUGAAAUUUACACCUUUUAAAAGCAAUAUUAACAAAGUAUUGUAGACAAUUGCAUGUUUUCACUACUUCUCUCCGAAUUGGUGUUCAGUGAUACAUGGUUCUUGAACCCUAAUAAAUAUAAAUUUGAAAUGCUGAGAACUUGUAUUUUAAAGUGAUGAAAGUUCCGUUUUCACUUAUUGGUAUUUUUAUCAUAAAUUUGUAUAUUUGUGUAUCCUCCCCCACCUGCUUCCCUAAUAAUACACAAGUAUAAGUUAUGUCGGAAUGAACAAUGUGUAGGGUUUGUUUCUUUCUAAAAUUGUAUUCAAAUUGAUUUCUAUCAGAAAAAAGAACUAUGAAUUAUCUGCUGUUUAACAGAUAAUGUUUGAAUAAUUAAAAAAAUAUAUAUUUAUGACAAAAUCAUAUGUAAUAUGAUUUUUCUAUUUAAAUAAAUAUAAAAGUAGAUUACUGGGAAGUUAAACAGAAACUGUUUAUUGUAGAGGUGUUGUUGAUCUGUUGAAAAUAACAGAGCCUUUUAUACAUUGAGGAGCAAGAAAUAGUUUUUGCAGCUUAUUUUCUUAGUCCUGUUUCAUAAAUACUUGUUAUAAUAACAAAUGCACAGUUUCAUAGCAAAUUUACUGUCAGCCAAUCAAAUUGAAUGAUUUCAGUAGCUUAAAACUGUUAUUGCAAAUUAGUUACUAUUCAUGUUUUAUGAAAUCGGUCUCAGGUUGGGAAUCAACAGCAUCAGCUUUUCACAGUUCAUUGCCAGUACUGGAAUUUGACCAAAGUGGAACCAUCAUAUUUGCAGUUGAGUGACCUUAUUGCAAAAGAAAAUACAAGGCGGACUAAAAAACUGAACCAAGUUGCUGAUGAAACAGGUAAUAGUGAAAAUCAAAGUGAAAAAUACAUGGUGAUCUAACUCCAGAAAGAUAACAGAUCAUCUAGUACAUACUUGUACUGUGUGUUGAGCUGUUAGGCACUGGCAGUGCACGCUGAGGAAAAGACUCUGUCAGCAACUUGACACAUGACCUGUCAAAUUUUGGCGAUAAUAUGAUGAAAAUUUUGACAGUAUCGUCUAAAUUUGGUAAAGCGUAAAUUCCUUGGACUGUGAAUCUUGAGAAUCUGGGUUCAAGUGGCAUCCCAUUGGAUGAUUUGUAAGUUUGGUUUUGGUUUUUGUGCUUGGUCCCGUUUCGUAAAGACUCGUUAUAAUAACAAAUGCAUUAUAACUUCUAUAACAAGUUUAAUAUCAGCCAAUCAAAUUGAACGAUUCUAGUAUCUUUUGUUGCAAAUUUGUUAUUAUUAAAAGUUUUGUGAAACGAGACCCAGAUGUUGGAAAGACAAGUGAGAUAGCUUUCCCUAGCUCCAACACCUCAUCUGACUUUACCCAAAUAUCCAUAUCACACUAUUGAUGGCUCAACACCUAAUGAGAUUCAGCCCAGGACCAACUUCAUUUUGAAUUUGGUGGGCAGCUGGUGUAACAAUGGACCUAUCACCAACAUCCAAAAGGUCAACACCAACUUGAAUUCAUCCAUUGACUUGAUUUUGCAGGAGGUGUAAUUAGGAAGAGGACUUGACACCGAGUGAGAUUCAUCCCAGGACGAGCUGCAUUUUGAGUUUGGUGUUGUGCUCGUGUAAAAUUGACCUACACCAUCAUCCAUAAGGUCAACACUGAACUUGAAAUCACCAAUUACUAGUGUCCUUUGACAAGAUAUCAAUAAAAAUGAUACAAAAGUG